AUGAAUUACAGUCAGUACAUAAAGUCAAUGAACUUUGGAAUUAUUGCAGGUUAUCGUCUGUUGAAUAUACCUUGUGGAGUUUGCGGAGAUCGUUCUACAGGAAAACAUUAUGCAGUUUAUAGUUGUGAUGGUUGUUCUGGUUUCUUCAAGAGAAGUAUACAUAAAAAUCGGUCAUAUACGUGUAAAGCAAACGGAAAUUUAAAAGGCCAAUGCACAAUUGAUCGUAAUCGUCGUAACCAUUGCCGUGCCUGUCGGCUCAACAAGUGUUUUAUGGCACAAAUGAAUGAAGAAAGUGUUCAGCAUGAACGUGGGCCACGAAAAUCUACCAACGCAGGUAAAAAACAUAUUAUAUCAAUGGGAUCUAGUGAUAAACGAAUUGAUGAAUACCCCCUCAAUCUAUCUACCAACCAGAGAAACUCAAAAAUGAGUAAUAACAAUAGUCGGAAAGUGCGGGAACGUUCCGAGAAGCAGAAAGGCUUCAGUUUUCAGUCAGAAAACUUUUUGACUAACUCACCAGUAUGUACAACUGAUCCUAUUCCAUAUUCAAUGGCGAAACAACUCAAAUUGAACUCAAUGAAUCUCACUCAGUUUUUAAACAUUACACAACAACAACUAGAUUUUACGUUAUUGACAGAAAUGUUGGAUAGAUUUCACGAAGCACUGAUAAACAAACAAAAUAUGAUGACAACAUUAUCUUAUGCAUCAUGUACGUCUACGUAUGAGGACAAUUCUUUGAAUAAGGCUGAAGACUUAACAGUCACGUCAAAUCGACUGAUAUAUAAUCAUACAGGCAUUCAACAACCGGGUUGUGGUGAAUGCACGAGGGGUAGUAGUAGUUCAGUGAGUCAAUGGACUGCAGACUAUCUAACCUUAUGGAAUUCACAUGAAGAUUUUGAUGACCAGCAAGAGCUAAACAGUAUGACACUUCUUACUGUCUGGCAAAAUAUUCCUAGACUUUCUUCUGUAAAGCUUCAAAUCUGCUAUCAGAUAUCUACUAAUAGCAGUUAA